AUGUCUCUCGCCCUCGACACAACCACGCGUCUCGAAGGUCGGAACACACCGGAAGGCAUUCUUUACACUGGUGGAAGGGAUGGACUAAUCAUAUCAUGGGAUUUGGGACUUCCGUUCAGGCAGAGACAUGAUGGCAGGCACCGCAGAGGUCGGUUAGACAGGUGGGAAAUGUUGACCGGGAUGGGAGAUGAAAUACUCGCUGAAGAAGCUGAGGAAGACGAGCGGCGAGAUGGUGAUGUGCUAGGAGAUGUAAAGGAGGGUGGAGGUCGAAGGCGAAGAGGCAGCACAACGGACCAGUUACCGUACGAACUCCAGUGGCAGUUGGACACCGAUGCGUUGACAUCAGGAUCGCCUUCCAGCUUCCGCCAGUGCGCACAAACCCAUACAGACUGGGUAAACGAUAUCUUGCUCUGUAAUUAUAAUCAGACAGCAGUUGUUUCUGCGUCAUCUGAUGGAACCAUCAAGGCCUGGCAUCCCCAUGCUAUUUCUCCCAGUGACCCCACUGCAAUAGGGUCUCACGCCGAUUAUGCACGCUGUCUCGCUCUUUGUCGUGAACAAAAUUGGAUAGCUUCUGGCUCAUUUGACCGGACUAUCAAACUAUGGGAUCUCAGCCGAGCAUCGAUAACGCCCGAACCAUUCCUUACCCUUAACCCGCCUGAUGCUACUGCUCCCAAAGCCUCUGUAUAUGCAAUAGCCUCCGACCCAUAUGGACACGCUAUUGCAAGUGGAUCUCCAGAACGUGUCGUCAGGAUGUGGGACCCGCGCUCGGGAAAGAGGACGGGGAAGCUCGUCGGCCACACGGACAAUAUCAGAGCUAUUCUGAUGUCAGAGGACGCGCGAUACCUCCUCACAGGUUCUGCAGAUGCAUCCAUCAAGCUAUGGUCAUUGUCAUCUCAGCGAUGCCUGCACACGUUUGCAUACCACACAGAUUCUGUUUGGUCUCUACAUUCAACACAUCCCUCGCUCGAGGUGUUCUACUCUGGCGACAAAUCGGGAAUUGUGUGCAAAGUCGACGUGGAGGGAUGCGUAGAUGUUUCCGACGGUACCUGCAUCACCGUUGCGCGGGAAUCUUCUGUUGAAGCUGGGGAAGGUAUCAAUAAAAUUGUGACCGCGGAUGACGGCCUUCUCUGGACCGCCUCCGGUAACUCGAGCAUCAGUCGCUGGAGGUUGCCAAAAUCCGCACCGAAACGAGUCUUAGAUGAAGAGAGAGAAAUUAUUUCUGAUAGCUCCGUUGCUACAAUCUCGAGGAGACAAGUUUCCAAUGGACCUGAUUCUAUACAGUGGUCUGCGCCAUCGUCUAUACAUCAAGUUCGUAGGGAUGACGCUACAGCGGCGUACCCCAGUGUCCCUCUCGCAUCAUUUGUACGACUCACUUCUCCUGAUGGUCCUUUCUCCCCUUCUUCAUUCGCUCUGCGUGGACGCGAUCCCGAGGUUGCAACAUUAUACUCUGCUGCAUCCAUCGCCUCCGUUCCCGGAGGACGUUCACCACUCCAUGCUGCCUUCCACCACUCUUCCUCCCUCAUGCCCCCCAAUACCCUCCGGAGCAUGAAAAGUGAAAUUUCGAUGGCGCACACCGAUAUUGAUCCAGUGCAUGACUCUCGAACAGCAUACGAAGCUCGGGAAUUCGCUGCCGAUGCCGAGCCUCUAAAUGCCAACCCAGAUGCGGUGAUAGCAGGCUCUCCUGGCCUCGUGCGAGCUAUCUUGCUGAACGAUCGGAUGCAUGCGUUAACGGUAGACACGACGGGCGAGGUCGCUGUCUGGGAUCUCGUGCGAGGAAUCUGCAGAGGUUGGUUUGCCCGUGAGGAGGUGCGUGCCGCGAGUAGAUCUGGCAGUACUUCCGGCAGUGGGCCUCGUCGUGACAACGGGAGUGUGACAGGGGGUGACAAAGAGCGGAGUCCUCGUGAGGCGCUUGAAGCAGUUCGAGAGCGCAUUGAGGGUGAAGCUGUCAGUUCAUCUUGGUCGUCUGUUGACACGAAAACUGGCGUACUCACUGUGCACAUCAAUGAGCGCUGUUUCGAUGCCGAGAUAUAUGCAGACGAAGCUGGCUUCGACCACGACAGGCAUUUUGGCGAUGAACUCCGGUUCAACAUUGGUAGGUGGGUCCUACGAAAUUUGUUCCUCGGCUUUAUUCGCGAGGAGCAACGCAUUCGUCGUAAACGUGACACCCACGGUUCAGAGGCUGGUCACUCAAUACACCGUGCUACAGCUCCGCAGCCACUGGAACUGAACGGGAACUCUUCGAGCUCCACACUGCGGCAUUCCUUUGAGUCUUCAACAAGGCCGCCGCGAGCUCCUGUUAGCAGUGCGGUCGUCACAUCAACUACUUGUCUACCCGCUGUCCUUCCUUCACUCCCUUCUUUGACGCGACCCAGCCCUCUUCUUACCCCGAUGAUACCGCUCGUUGCGCUGAAAUCUCCCCCACCGCUAUCCAUCAUUCCGCAUUCGCCCCCGAACGAUGCCACCCCAGUUCCUCGACCAAUACGGACGCAUGGCCUUGAUUCAGUGACUUCACUCCAAAGCGCGUCUCGGGACGUGGAUUACUUCUCUCCCCAACCCCAUGCACGGCGCCCGUCUACGGGAAGCACUGCGCUGUCAGAUGCCGGUGAUUUUUCUGCAUGGAGUGGUCCCUCGAGUGUUCUGGCAACACCGACACCAGGCACUCCUAGCGGCAGCGGGUUCAUAGGACGUCUGAAGAGUCUUGGUAAAGGCACUGUGAGAAAAGCGACCACCGACGCGUUGCCGGGCUCACCUAUAUCUAGCCCUUCUGGCAAUCUGGCUGAUACGCCAAUCGCUCCGGAGGUACCUACAGACACCGUUGAAAAAUCGCCUGUGCAGGCGCUCCUCGCAAACCCCAUAUCACCUCCCACGUCCAGCGAUGCACCCACUCUGAUGUUGCCUCCGACAAUGACAAUAUUAAUAUCUGAUGAGGUAUAUCCCGGAUGGAGAACAGUCUAUAGGGGCUGCGUGUCGACUACAUGGGCAGACGUUUACAAACUGGAGUCAACGGUACCUCUGUGGCUCGCUGAAUACCUGCUAUUCAACAAAAUUACAAGCCCGCCUGUUGUCAAGGUGUCUUUUGUGCUGUUACCCUGGCCAGGCACAGAACUAGGACAUGAGCCACUGCCUGAGUUGCUCAAUACGUCACAGUCCAAAUUAACGUCAAGCAGGUUCCUCAGAGUUCGCAAGCUGACCCAUCAUGUUCAAGAAAAGCUAGAUAAGAUAUCUGGCAGUCCUAUAUCGACAGAUCCUCCAGCACAUGAUGAUAGCCAAAACUCGCAUGAUCGUGCUAGGGGUGAAGACCUGUACGAAAUCCUCUGCAACGACUCUGUUCUGCCGCUGGAUAUGACUCUGGCUGCUGUGCGGCAUUAUUUCUGGCGCCAGGCUGGCGAGCUGGUGAUGCACUAUCGAUCUAAAAUUCGGACGAAUGUAUCGAGUGUUAAUGUGCCUACUCCACAAAAUAUGUAA